AUGAGCGGCUUACCCCCACCGCCGCCACCGCCUCCGGGAUUUCCCAGUUAUGAUAUAACUUCAAAGAAUCACAAAUCUAAAGGUAACGAGAUGGAGAAGCAUAGAAGUCCAGUAGGUGCGCCACCACCUCCACCACCUGGUUUUUCCAGGGUAGAUCUGGGACCACCACCGCCCCCGCCUCCUGGAAUUCAGCCAGGUAUAGAUAUUCUUUCUGAUAAAGCGAAGAAUAACUUACCACCUCCACCACCACCACCUCCAUCGUCAUCUUCAACAUCUAUGAUAGACGAAGCACAGAAUGACGAUCAGCACUAUAACGGUCUUUCGAGGGAUACAAAAAAGAUCAGGAAAGGGAAGAAAAGAGUAGCUCAGAAAAAAUCGGGCUUAGUUCAUUCACAUAAGGUAGAAAUGCCACCGGAACAUCUCAGGAAAAUAUUAAAUGAUCACAUGGAUAUGACUUCAUCAAGAUUCAACUCCGAUAAGAGAGCACAUUUGAAUGCACUAAGAUAUUUACCCCAUGCUAUAUUGAAACUUUUGGAGAAUAUGCCGCAACCUUGGGAACAAGUAAAAGCUGUCAAAGUUUUAUAUCAUGUAUCAGGUGCUAUAACAUUUGUAAAUGAGAUUCCUAGAGUGAUAGAACCAGUUUACACUGCGCAAUGGUCAACGAUGUGGAUCGCAAUGAGAAGAGAAAAGAGAGAUAGAAAGCAUUUUAAAAGAAUGAGAUUCCCUCCUUUUGACGACGAUGAACCUCCCUUGACAUACUCUGAUACCAUUGAGAAUCUAGAACCUUCAGAAGCCAUAACUUUAGACUUGGAUAAUUAUGCUCAUGAUGGCGUAAAAGACUGGAUUUAUGAUACACGUCCCCUAGAGGAUAAUGCGAAAGCAGUCAACGGAAGCUCAUACAAACGUUGGAAACUUGACAAUGGAGUCAUGUGCAGCUUAUACAGAUUGGCAAAACCACUCAUUGAAGAGUCGAAUUCCGAUAAAAACGCAAAAUACUUGUUUGAGCAAAAGGCUUUCUUUACUUCCAAAGCGCUAAAUAACAGUCUUCCAGGUGGCCCCAAAUUUGAGCCUCUAUAUCCAAACGAAGAAGAGGAAGAUUAUAACGAAUUCAAUUCAAUAGAUAGAGUAAUUUUCCGCAUACCUAUACGAACAGAGUACCAGAUCGCUUUCCCUCAAAUAUAUGCAGCUCGACCAAGAUCUGUUGAAACAUUGUGGUACCAUGAUCCGCUCUCGUGUACCGUUAAAUCUGAAAUGGAGCACUCAUCUGCUACCUUUUUUUUCGGACAGUCUCUCAACCCAACUAUUUCGCAUUCCCUGCCCCAUUUCCACACAACUGCAGAAAACACCAGAGAUAACUCUUUUAGGAUUCCAAUGGAUGUCAGACCUUUAAUGGAAACACAAGAACUAUUUUUUCCCACUACUAAUGAAGCAAUGUCAUUAUAUCAUGCACCAUAUCCAUACAACAAAAGAUCGGGUAAAACCACCAGAGCUCAGGAUGUCGCUCUAAUAAAAAGGUGGUACCAAGAACAUCCUGAUGAAAGAUAUCCUAACAAAGUAAAGAGUUCCCACCAAAGACUAUUGAAGAAUAUUGUAGCAAAUGAACUCCAUACCGAUGACCACACUUCAAAAAAGAAAGUUAAGUUGUUACAAAGUCUAGCAAAUACUAAAUUCUUCCAAGAAACAACGAUAGAUUGGGUUGAGGCCGGCUUACAAGUCUGCAAACAAGGUCACAGUAUGCUCAAUCUCUUGAUUCACAAAAAAGGCCUUACGUACUUACAUCUUGAUUACAAUUUCAAUUUAAAGCCAACUAAAACCCUUACAACGAAGGAGAGAAAGAAGGCAAGAUUUGGGAAUGCUUUCCAUUUAAUAAGAGAAAUUUUAAAAAUAAUAAAGUUGUUGGUAGAUUCUCAUGUUCAAUAUAGGAUGGGAAAUGUCGAUGCGUUUCAGCUUGCUGAUGGAUUGUACUAUAUUUUGAACCACACAGGACAACUCACAGGUAUCUAUAGGUACAAGUACAAAGUCAUGCAUCAAAUUCGUACAUGUAAAGAUCUAAAACAUGUCGUGUAUUAUAGAUUCAAUAAAAUUAUCGGGAAAGGUCCAGGAUGUGGUUUCUGGCAGCCUGCAUGGAGAGUUUGGAUAUUCUUCCUUCGAGGCAUAAUACCGAUUCUAGAAAGGUGGCUAGGAAAUUUACUCACUCGUCAGUUUGAGGGAAGAUCAACUGAUGUUGUUAAAACUACUACUAAACAAAGACUCGAUGCUUACUAUGACUUAGAACUACGAGCAUCUGUUAUGAAUGACAUUUUGGACAUGAUUCCCGAUGGAAUAAAGCAGAGCAAGGCAAGGACAAUUUUACAGCACUUAUCUGAGGCUUGGAGAUGCUGGAAAGCCAAUGUUCCCUGGGAAGUUCCAGGAAUGCCCGAGCCAAUAAAAAACAUUAUAGAAAGAUAUGUGAAAGCAAAAGCUGACGGUUGGACAUCUCAAGCUCACUAUAAUCGUGAUAGAAUCAAAAGUGGUGCCCAUGUCGAAAAAAUUGUAUUGAAGAAAAAUUUAGGCAGAUUAACUAGACUUUGGAUAAAACAUGAGCAGGAAAGGCAAAAGGAAAUUGAGAAAGCAGGUCCCGAAGUAACCCCAGCAGAAGCAAGUGCAGUGUUCUCGGCAAUGGUAGAUUGGCUUGAUGCCAGGAACUUCUCACCUAUCCCGUUCCCUCCUUUGACUUAUAAAAACGAUACGAAGAUUUUGGUUUUGGCACUUGAGAAUUUAAAAGAGCAAUACGUUUCAAAAGUCAGGCUAAAUGCCCAGGAACGUGAAGAGUUAGCUUUAAUUGAAGAGGCAUAUGACAAUCCUCAUGAUACCUUGAAUAGAAUUAAAAAACUAUUGCUAACCCAAAGAUUAUUCAAGCCAAUACAACUAACAAUGAUGGAUCAUUAUCAACACAUAUCUCCAGUCUAUAACGUUGAUCCGUUGGAGAAAAUUACCGAUGCAUAUCUUGACCAGUAUCUAUGGUAUGAAGCUGACAGAAGGCAGCUUUUCCCUAGUUGGAUAAAGCCAGGUGACUCAGAAAUCCCGCCACUUCUUGUUUACAAAUGGUGUCAAGGCAUUAACAACUUAGAUUCUGUAUGGGACAUCAGCAAAGGGCAAUCGACCGUAUUGUUGCAAACUGAUUUACAAGAAUUCGUUGAAAAGAUGGAUUUGACACUAAUAAACAGGCUCCUAAGGUUAAUUAUCGAUCCGACAUUAGCGGAUUACAUUACUGCAAAGAAUAAUGUCAGUUUGAUCUUUAAGGAUAUGAAUCAUGUUAACAAAUAUGGUCUAAUAAGGGGAUUACAAUUUGCACCAUUUGUUUAUCAAUUUUAUGGUUUAAUGAUUGAUAUUCUCAUCUUGGGACAUGAAAGGGCACAGGAACUAGCAGGCCCUCCAAACGAACCAUCUGAAUUCUUGCAAUUUCCAGAUAAAGCUACUGAAACGAAGAGCCCAAUUCGCCUCUACUCACGCUAUCUUGACAAAAUCCAUAUUUUAUUCCACUUUGAAGAAUCUGAGUCUGAUGAGCUUAUCCAAGACUAUUUGAUGGAAAACCCCGAUCCAAAUUUUGAAAAUUCUGUUGGUUAUAACAACAAGAAAUGCUGGCCUAGAGACGCCCGCAUGAGGUUAAUCAGACACGAUGUUAAUCUAGGUCGUGCUGUUUUCUGGGAACUUACAUCUAGGGUACCAAAAUCACUUGUUAACAUAACGUGGGAGAAUACUCUUUCUUCAGUUUAUAGCAAGAAUAAUCCUAAUUUACUUUUCACUAUGUGCGGUUUUGAGGUGAGAAUACUACCGAAAUCUCGGAUGGAAGAUGUCAUUUCUCAUGAUGAGGGUGUAUGGGAUUUGGUGUUGGACUCCACAAAAGAACGGACUGCCAAAGCGUUUUUACAGGUAUCACAAGAAGCUAUUGAUGAGUUUAGAGGUCGUAUUCAAAGUAUUUUGAUGGGUUCCGGCUCCACAACUUUUACAAAAAUUGUGGGCAAAUGGAAUACUGCACUAAUCGCUUUGUUUACCUAUUUUAGAGAAUCUAUCGUCACGACAGAACCGUUACUCGACUUACUCGUGAAAUCUGAGACUAGAGUUCAAAAUAGAGUAAAACUCGGCUUAAAUUCUAAAAUGCCAACAAGGUUCCCUCCAGCAGUGUUUUAUACACCUAAAGAGUUAGGUGGUUUGGGAAUGCUCAGCGCAUCGCACAUUUUAAUUCCCGCUUCUGACUUGAGGUGGUCAAAACACACAGAUACUGGAAUAACACAUUUCAGGGCAGGGAUGUCCCACGAAGAUGAGAAGAUGAUACCAACAAUUUUCCGAUACAUUACUACCUGGGAGAACGAAUUUUUGGACUCACAGAGAGUAUGGGCGGAUUAUGCUGCUAAAAGACAAGAAGCCAUAAAACAAAAUCGUAGGUUGGCAUUUGAAGAAUUAGAGGGUUCUUGGGAUAGAGGUAUACCGCGGAUCAGUACCAUAUUCCAAAAAGAUAGGCAUACGCUAGCCUAUGAUAAGGGUCACAGGAUUAGGCGACAAUUCAAAGAGUAUUCAGUGGAACGUAGUAAUGCUUUCUGGUGGACAAAUAAUCGUCAUGAUGGUAAAUUAUGGAACUUGAAUGCCUAUCGUACGGAUGUCAUUCAGGCCUUAGGGGGUAUCGAAACAAUUCUUGAGCACACAUUAUUUAAAGGAACUGGCUUUAAAUCAUGGGAAGGACUUUUCUGGGAGAAAGCCUCUGGUUUUGAAGAUUCAAUGCAGUUCAAGAAACUUACUCAUGCACAAAGAACUGGUUUGAGUCAGAUCCCUAAUCGUAGGUUUACGUUAUGGUGGUCUCCGACGAUUAAUAGAGCGAACGUCUACGUUGGGUUUUUGGUGCAAUUGGAUUUAACAGGAAUAUUCUUGCACGGUAAAAUUCCAACAUUGAAGAUAUCUUUAAUUCAAAUUUUCCGAGCACAUCUAUGGCAAAAAAUCCACGAAAGUGUGGUUUUCGACAUCUGUCAAAUUCUGGACGGCCAAAUGGAUAUACUACAGAUUGAAUCUGUUCAAAAAGAAUCAAUUCAUCCACGUAAGUCGUAUAAGAUGAAUUCGUCUGCUGCUGACAUCACAUUGAACAGUAUUUACAAAUGGAAGGUUAGCAGACCAACAUUGUUGCAUCAGACGAAAGAUUCUUUCGACGCUACCACAACUGACAAAAUGUGGAUCGAUGUGCAGCUUAGAUAUGGUGACUAUGAUUCUCAUGAUAUAUCAAGAUAUGUCCGUGCGAAAUUUUUAGAUUACACCACAGAUAACGUGAGCUUGUACCCGUCUCCUACUGGUAUUAUGAUCGGUAUUGACUUGGCCUAUAAUAUUUACGACUCCUAUGGAACGUGGUUUGAGGGAUUGAAGCCCUUGAUACACAACGGUAUGAAAACAAUAAUGAAAGCUAAUCCAGCACUUUACGUUUUGAGGGAGCGUAUCAGGAAAGGUCUUCAGAUAUAUCAAUCUCAAGUUCAAGAGCCAUUUUUGAACUCAUCCAACUACGCAGAGCUAUUUUCCAAUGACACAAAAUUCUUUAUCGAUGAUACGAAUGUUUACCGGGUCACUGUUCAUAGAACUUAUGAAGGCAAUGUGGCUACUAAGCCUAUCAACGGAUGCGUGUUUACUUUAAAUCCGAAAACAGGUGAACUAUAUUUGAAAAUAAUUCACACUUCGGUGUGGGCGGGGCAGAGCAGAUUGGCUCAAUUGGCAAAAUGGAAAACCGCAGAAGAAGUAAGUGCAUUGGUUAGAUCGUUACCCAAAGAAGAACAACCUAAACAAAUUAUAGUUACUAGAAAAGCUAUGAUGGACCCUAUGGAAGUACACAUGUUAGAUUUCCCAAACAUUUCGAUUCGUCCAACUGAGCUCAGAUUACCUUUUUCUUCUGUUUUGAACAUAGAAAAAUUAAAUGAUGUUGUUUUAAGCGCUACAGAACCGCAGAUGGUUUUGUUCAACAUUUAUGAUGACUGGCUAACUCGAGUUUCUGCCUACACUGCUUUCUCUAGAUUGAUAUUGCUAUUAAGAGCGCUCAAAACCAAUGAAGAAAAAGCCAAAAUGAUUCUAUUAGAGGAUCCUACAAUCCCAACGAGAGCUAAUCAUCUAUGGCCUUCUUUUACUGAUGAUCAGUGGAUUGAAAUUGAGACGAAGAUGCGUGAUCUAAUUCUCUUAGAGUAUGGUCAAAAAUACAAUGUAAACAUUGCUUCUUUGACUCAAACUGAAAUCAAGAAUUUGAUUUUAGGACAGAACAUUAGAGCUCCAUCUGUUCAGAGGCAGAAGAUGGCAGAAUUGGAGGCUGCAAGAAAUCAGAAAACUGAUGAGUCGUCGCAGUCUGCCACGGCAGCCAUGAAGCUAAAAACAAUCAAUGCUCAAGGUGAAGAAAUUACAGUGGUGUCAUCCAGCAAUUAUGAGUCCCAAUCUUUCAGUUCGAAAAAUGCUUGGCGGUCAAAUGCAAUCUCCAAUUCAUUGCUACAUUUGAAGCUUAAGAACAUAUAUGUUACUGCCGAAGAUUUUGUAGAAGAUAAAGAUGUCCUCGUAUUCCCACGGAACUUGUUGAAGAAGUUUGUCACAAUAGCUGAUGUCGAUGUCCAAAUUGCAGGGUAUAUGUACGGGUCACCUGUAAAAGAUCACCCUAAUGUGAAGGAAAUUAAGACGAUAGCACUUGUCCCUCAACUCGGCAGUUCCGCAACUGUUCGCAUAUCUCCUCCCCCCUCAUCUUCCAAAUAUCUCAACGACAUGGAACUGUUGGGAUGGAUACAUACCCAAAAAGUCGAUUCCAAAUUCAUGUCACCAUCUGAAGUGAUCACUCAUUCCAAAAUGUUUUCAGAUCAUAACGAAAGUGCUGUUGAUUUGUGCAUAAAUCUAAUCCCAGGUGCCGUAUCAAUUACAGGAUAUACGUUAAGCACUACGGGUUUCAACUGGGGCUUACAAUCGAAAGACAUAACGGACCCUUCACCAGAAGGGUUUGAAGCUUCAUUUAGCGAGACUGCACAGAUUUUAUUAUCUGAACGCAUUAUGGGCAAUUUCUUGGUACCUUCGUCAUCGAUAUGGAAUUACGCUUUCAUGGGAACUGCUUUUAGCGAAGAUCUACCUUACGAAUUGAAAUUAGACAUCCCACUAGAGUUCUAUAAUGAACUCCAUCGUGCUCCUCACUUCAUACAAUUCUCUGAACUUGCUGGAGAUGAGGAAUUAGAACCGGAUCAAGAAAAUCUAUUCGCUUAA